GUCUAACUGGUUGAAGCCGUGCUGUGGGCGGAGGGUAGCCCCGUGUCAGGUGUGUCUGCUCAGUGCAGGCUUCAACUGUUUCCUGGUGGCCCUGGUCAUCCUGGUGGUGGUCUUCUUGACCCUGGAACUCCUCAUAGACACCAAGCAUCUACAAUUUGCCAAUGCUAUUCAAUUUGCCAGUGUCAUCCAUUGGAUCAGCCUUGCCAUCCUUUCACUCUUCUUCACUGAGACUGUCUUCAGGAUUGUAGUCCUUGGGAUUUGGGACUACAUUGAGAACAAAGUAGAGGUAAGAUUAAUUAC